AUGACGAUCGAAAUUGUACCCCUUGGUGCAGGCCAAGAUGUGGGUCGCAGCUGUGUGUUGGUGACAUUGAAUGGCAAGAAUAUCAUGUUUGACUGUGGCAUGCAUAUGGGAUACAAUGACGCACGACGAUUCCCUGACUUCAGCUAUAUAUCCAAGACGGGACGAUUUACCGAGAUCAUUGAUGCCGUCGUUAUCAGCCAUUUUCAUUUGGAUCAUUGUGGGGCGCUACCCUACUUUACUGAAAUGUGUGGAUACGAUGGACCCAUCUACAUGACGCAUCCAACCAAAGCCAUUUGUCCUAUUUUAUUGGAGGAUUAUCGCAAGAUUACGGUGGAGCGCAAAGGAGAGACGAAUUUCUUUACAUCGGAUAUGAUCAAAGCAUGCAUGAAGAAAGUGAUUCCUAUCAAUUUGCACCAAACGAUUCAUGUGGAUGACGAAUUGGAGAUCAAGGCGUAUUAUGCAGGCCAUGUGCUUGGUGCUGCCAUGAUUUAUGCGCGUGUGGGAAAUGAAUCGGUUGUCUACACGGGCGACUACAACAUGACACCCGAUCGCCAUUUAGGCUCAGCAUGGAUCGACAAGCUACGCCCUGAUGUAUUGAUCACUGAAAGCACUUAUGGCACCACUAUCCGCGACUCGAAACGAUCCCGUGAACGCGACUUUUUGAAAAAGGUGUACGAUUGUGUCUCGAAAGGCGGCAAUGUCUUGAUUCCAGUAUUUGCGUUGGGACGUGCUCAGGAACUUUGCAUCUUGAUUGAAUCGUAUUGGGAACGCAUGGAUCUUAAGGUGCCUGUUUAUUUCUCGGCAGGCUUGACACAACGUGCCAACCAUUACUAUGAGCUUUUUAUCAAUUGGACCAACCAAAAAGUGAAAUCGACCUUUGUGGAUCACAACAUGUUUCAUUUCAAGCAUCUCAAACCAUGGGAUAAGGCGUAUCUUGAUCAUCCAGGGCCUAUGGUGGUGUUUGCAAGUCCUGGCAUGCUGAAUCUUGGAUCAUCCCUUGAAAUCUUCAAAAAGUGGGCGCCGGAUCCCAAAAACAUGGUCAUCUUGCCUGGUUAUUGUGCUGCUGGUACCGUGGGUCACAAGGUGUUACAAGGCGAAAAAGUGAUCGGCAUUGACAAGUUCAAUGAAAUCCGCGUCAAUCUUCAAGUACGCAACUUGUCAUUCAGUGCACACGCUGAUGCAAAAGGUAUCAUGCAAUUGAUCCGGCAUUGCGAGCCCAGGCAUGUGGUAUUGGUACACGGCGAAAAAUCGAGCAUGGAAUUCCUCAGUGCCAAAAUUGACAAGGAGCUCAAUAUACCCUGUCAUUUCCCUGAAAACGGUACGACCAUCGCCAUUGAAACAACACGUGCUAUCGAAGCAAGAAUCAGCACUGAGCUACUCAAGUCAUGUCUCCAACAACAAGCAGAGGAAAAGAAGAAAUACAAUAAUCAAGUAAAGAACGACGGCGAAGCCAUGGGUCCCAAUCGUGGAUUUCCGGUGCGUGGUGUUCUCGUCUUUAAGCAGAGUGAUGAAGCUGGCAACAUGUACAAGAGACCUCAGGUGGAUCUCAUGUCCGAAGACAAGUUCAAGCAAGAGUACAAACAGUGA